AUGAACACCCACCAAUUACGGGCAGCUCUACAAAAUAUACCGUGCGAUACCAUAGGCGUUUACGCCUCUGACGAGAUACCAGCUGUAUGGAGUAAACCCGCGGCUAUUAUUGCUAAUACCGAUGAUCAUACAAAACCCGGGACACACUGGGUCGCUAUGUACGUCGGAAAGGACGGCAUCGGACACUAUUUCGACAGCUAUGGGUUGCCACCCAUCAUCCCUCAACAUCUCAAACGACUUAGAAGAAACUGCAAACUCAUACUCUACAACCCUCAACAAUUUCAAAGCAACACUUCUGACGUGUGUGGACAAUUUUGUGUCAUGUUUGCGCAUCUUAUGUGUACUGGUGACGACGGAUUUUACAUGCCGCAUCAUGCGGUAAUAAAGGCGACGAGUGACACCACACGAGUCCGCGUAGUUUUUGACGCAUCCGCAAAAUCAGAGAUCGGUAUGUCAUUGAACGAUCUGUUAUUGAUCGGGCCCACGAUACAAGAUAACUUAUUUGCACAUUUAAUUCGAUUUCGCAUAUUUAAAAUCGUACUCAACGCCGAUAUAGAAAAAAUGUACCGACAAAUAUGGCUACACGAGGACGAUCAAAGAUAUCAACGCGUAUUGUGGCGCUAUAACAAUGAAAUCCGUACCUUCCAACUUAAUACCAUUACAUUCGGAGUAGCAUCAUCGCCAUUUCUUGCCAUCCGUACGGUUCACAAGUUAGCGGACGACGACGGUGAUAGGUUUCCCGACGCGGCACGAUUACUCAAAACGCACUUGUACGUCGAUGACUUGCUCACCGGAACGGAUACCGUCGAAGAAGCGCGCAGAUUACGAGACGAAGUAAUCGCGUUACUUGCUCGGGGUGACUUUAACAUACAUCAAUGGGCCUCCAACGACAGGCGCGUCAUCGAAGAUCUAAAUCCCGUCGCUAUAAAUUCGAAUCUUGACUUUGACAAAACCAACUCUCUGAAAAUGCUAGGAGUAGCGUGGGAUGCGCGGAACGACGCGUUACAUUAUUCGGUUCGCAAAAUCAACCACGUCGAAAGGUUCACAAAGCGAAUGGUCGUCGCGGAGAUAGCUAAGAUGUUUGACCCAUUAGGCGUGAUAGGACCGGUGACAUUGUUUGCCAAAAGAAUAAUGCAAGAUUUAUGGAAAUCUAAGAUAGGAUGGGACGAACACAUACCCCCUAGCAUACAAUCUACGUGGACGGAAUUUAUGUCACAGUUAGAGAUUAUCAACGAUCUAUCUAUCAAUCGCGCGGUAGUAAUUCCCGAACAUAAUGACAUCCAAAUUCACGGGUUUUGCGACGCGAGCAAGGUAGGGUAUGGCGCGUGUCUCUAUAUACGUUCCAAAAAUCAAAAUGAUAGAGUACAUUGCCGUCUAUUAUGCGCCAAAAAUAGAGUCGCCUCAUUAAAAUCCGUGACGAUACCGCGCCUUGAACUAUGCGGAGCGCUUUUACUAGCCAAAUUAUACGGCGAGGUACGUAAGGCGGCGGAACUUAACCCAGAUAAAGUUAUAUUAUGGAGCGAUUCAAUGAUCACCCUACAUUGGAUAAGAACGUCACCUCAUAGUUUGAAAACAUACGUAUCCCAUCGCGUUGCUCAAAUCCAGGAAAUCACGGAGCCUCAAAUUUGGCGACACGUCAAUUCAAAGGACAAUCCGGCCGACGCCCUUUCGCGAGGUCAGAUGCCGGGUGCUCUACUAAAUAAUCAGCAUUGGUUCUCGGGUCCGUCGUGGUUAAUAAAGAACGAAAAUGAAUGGCCUCAGGACUGUAUGAAACCGAUUGAAAUACCGGAAAUGAAGGGGAAUAAGUGUUUAAGCACUGAUAUUAGUAACAAAGACAUUUUACAAAAAUACUCCUCGUACACUAAAACGUUACGAAUUGUAGCGCUAUGUUUACGUUUUCGACGAAAAAACGCGUAUCAGGGACCACUAUGCGCGCAAGAAAUAGAAGAAGCGGAGAUAAGAAUAAUGAAAAUCGUUCAGGCCUUUCGUUUCGCAUCCGAGUUGAAAAAACUUACCAACAAACAAACAGCAAACAAAAAAAUUGCCUCAUUAGAUCCAUUUAUCGAUCAACACGGUCUAAUUCGCGUCGGGGGACGUCUCAGAAAAUCGAAUUUGACAUUCGCGCAGAAACAUCCCAUUUUAAUUCCAAAUAAUCACUUCCUGACAGAUCUUAUUAUCAAAGAAACACAUGAAAGAUAUUUUCACUCGGGCAUUCAAACAACGUUAUAUACUAUCAGACAGAAAUUCUGGCUACUCGACGGUAGAAAUCAAGUGCGCAAAAUAGUGCGUUCAUGUAUUCGCUGCUUCCGUUUUAAUGCCAAUGCAAUUAGAUACAAAAUGGGCGAUUUACCAAAAUCUCGCGUAACCGAAGCGAUUCCAUUUGCCAAUACAGGGGUCGACUUCUGCGGCCCAUUCUACAUUAAAGAGAAAAAAUACAGAAAUCGGAAUCGUAUCAAGACAUACGUUUGUGUAUUUGUGUGUAUGGUCGUCAAGGCGGUGCAUCUUGAAGUGGUCAGCGACUUGACCACAGAAGGAUUUCUAGCCGCGUUGAGACGAUUCGUAUCUAGGCGAGGUAUUCCAACACACAUCUUCUCUGAUAAUGGAACCAACUUCAUCGGUGCGAGCAAUCAUUUAAGAGAAUUAUACAUCCUUUUUAACUCCGACGAGCAUAAAGAUCGGGUUAAUCGAUUCGCAAUCGAUCACAGAAUAACGUGGCACUUCAUACCUCCCAUCGCUCCACAUUUCGGCGGCUUAUGGGAGUCAACAGUAAAGCUAUUUAAACACCACUAUAAACGCGUUGUCGGUGACCUUUUAUUCACUUUCGAAGAAUUAAAUACAUUUACAACAGAAAUCGAAGGAAUCCUAAAUUCAAGACCUAUCUCCAAUCUCUCAUCUGAUCCAAAUGAUCCUAUAAUUUUAUCACCCGCACAUUGUAUGAUUGGUAAACCAAUUAUGAACAUGCCUGAACAUGAUUACUCGUCUGUCCCAGCUGCACGCCUAUCCACCUGGCAACACCUGUCAAAGGUACGUCAGGACUUCUGGACCCGAUGGAGCCAAGAAUAUCUCAGUGAACUACAAAUGCGACAUAAAUGGAACAAAGAGGAAAAGAAUAUCGAAGUCGGAACGAUCGUUCUUCUCAAGGAGAAAAACCUGCCAUGUUCGCAAUGGGCCAUGGGCAGGAUCACAGAAAUACAUCCUGGCGAAGACGGAGUGGUGCGAGCCGCCACCAUUAAAACGAGCGCUGGAAUCCUGAAACGGACAACGAAAUGUUUGUGUCCGCUUCCACUCGAACAAUAG